AUGACUUCAAACGAAGCGCCUACUUCUCCAAUUAUGGAACAACGCCCAUCUGCUUACAUGGAUUAUCAAGGAAUGAAUAUCAGAAACCAAGCCGAAAGAAAAUGGGCUCUUGGACUUCAGGUGGGUCCCGGGUGUGCCAAAGGCAUGGUGAAUGAUUCUAUGCAAAGUAGUCAUAAUUAUUUUGGAGAUGAGUUGACUAUUGUUGAAAAUGAUGGUGCGUUGACUUCCCCUAAUGUGGUCAAAUUUGAAGUCCUGUGUUUAUGGUAUGAUUUAAAAUAUUUUUGGUUCAAAGACGGUGACAAAAUGGAAGACAUUGUUGAUAGGGAGAAAGGAAAAAAUUCAAUGUUGACGGCAUUUUUCAAGAAGAAUAAAGAAGAUUCCAAUGCGAGAAAAUAUUUGUAUAAGGAUUUUCCCAAACAUUUUACAUGGAAUCGGAGCAACCAUUGUUGGAGGAUCAGGGAACAUAAAUCAAUGAUUGGUCGACUUGUUUAUGCUAAUCCAGCUGAAGGAGAGAGAUACUACCUACGCCUGCUUUUAUGUCAUAUUACUGGGCCUACCUUCUUUGAAGAUUUAUACACAGCCAAUGGUGUAUUACACCCUACAUUUCGAAAAGCAACUCUUGAAAGAGGUUUAAUAGAGACCGAUGAUAAUUUAUCACAAUGUCUUGUAGAGGCUUCCUUAUUUCAAUUUCCCAGCGCACUUAGAAGGUUAUUUGCGACGAUGCUGAUUUUUUGUGAACCAGGAAAUGUUCGCAAGUUAUGGGACGACCACUAUGAUUCUCUUUCUGAAGAUUAUAGGAAACAAUAUGGAUGUGUCGAACGAGUGCAAAAUAUGGUCCUCAUCGACAUUAGAGUCGUCCUAGAAUCUAUGAGUAAAAAGCUUAGUGAUUACGACCUUCCAAAUGACAGUGCACACAUCGAUUUACAAUCAAGAGGCUAUCGUGAGGUGCAAGAAGAAUACUCUAUAAAUGUGGAAAAUGAAGACUUACUUGCGCGAGACUCUCUCAAUCCAGACUAG